UCUACGUUUGUCCUUGAAGGUUUCAUAAAUUUGAAGUUAGAUCAAUGCUUCUAUUUUGUGUUACAGGCAAGAUUAUUUUUAUAUUGUAGAAGUUCUUGAAGACCAGACAGUUAUAUCUGCUCGCCCCUCUACCCAGUUUUCGUUUGAUUUAUCAUUGCUGUGUGUGGUAGAGUGGUACGUAACACUUGCACUUCAAUUUAAGUUUUAAUCAUUUUAAUUUAUUCGCUGCUUAUUAUUUGGGUUUGCAUGUUGUUUAGCUUGAUGUGAAUUCCUUCCUUGAUACUUUAUUUUGUUCACUUGUUUCGGAUUGAAGUUUUACUUGCCAACAUGGGUGUAUCCACUGACAUUUGGAGAGCAUGUAUUGGUACAUUUUGCCAUCCAGUCUAUAAGAAGAGAACUUCUAGCAGUACUAAAGCCAAAAUUGCAAAGGCAAGGCUGCAUCUCACAUUUUGGUUUGCUAUUCUGGCAAUUCUCUUGGUCAUUGGAAAUGUGGAAAGGAACCCUGGUCCGGCAGAAUACAAAUGCAAUCAUUGUGAAAGGAUCUCACCAUCUUUAAGAAGUAAUGCUGCUCAUCAGAGAGAUUCCCACUCAAUGGACAGCAAUUAUAGUUAUUAUUGUGCUGUUGCAUCAUGUAGAAAUGAGAUAUUUGUGUCACACAAAUCGUUGGUGAAUCAUAUAUGGAAGAGACAUACAAGUGCUAAAGAUGAAGCAUUAGAUGUGAAUGUUCCUCCCAGCAGAGUGUCAUGUUCUACUGAAGGUUGUGUUGACGUAUUUUCAUCUCUACAUCUUUUAUGUAAUCAUCUAAUAAGUUAUCACGGGCAAGAGAAAGGUGAGCGAAUACUAUGCCCAUAUCCAACUUGCACAAGUGGAUCUCUGAAAUUAUCGUCUUUCAGAACCCACCUCUCUGAAAAACAUGUGGGCUGGAAAAAUAAUGAACCUCAAGAACGGCCAGUUCUCCAUGAUAAUUUUGGUGAAGUCUUUGAAUGUGAUGAACAAAAUAUGGAUUUUCAAGAACAAGAAGUUAAUGAUGGUGGUGCAGGUGAAUGUGACAUGAGUGUAGAAGAGUUUGAUGAUGAAGAAAACGACUUUGAUAUUAUCCACACUAUGUCCAAAAACUUCUUUCACCAGCUGGCUAAAUUUUAUCUGAAGAUGGAGACAGAAUGUAUGAUGCCCGCAUCAUCAGUGCAAACCAUGUCCCUUGGUCUUGCCCACCUUCAACGUUUGAAUCUAGCUAUUAUCAAAAAAGUUUUGCUGAAAGAGUUGCAAGAUUUGAACAUUAGCAAGGAAGUCAGUGAUUCUGUUUUAACUAAUGUCCUGUAUGCUGACAAAAUGUUUUGUGCUCAUACCAAGGAUGCUCCAGGACCUACCCUUUCUACACAAAAGCUAAGACUGAAAUAUUACAAAGAGAAUUUCACGUACAUUAAACCUGUUGAAAUUAAUUUGUCUCUAGAUCCGACAUUGCCAAGAACUAUCCACCUUGUCUCCAUUCGUGAAACUUUAAUUGAAUUGGUUAAAUGUCCAUCUGUUAAACGCCAAAUUGAUCGGAGCUUUGAGGCACAGGCUAGUGGUCAGAGAGAUGAAAACAUUCUACGGGAUUACAGAGAUGGUAUGGUAUAUCAACGGAGCCAAUCAGCCAUGAAGAAAACUAUUGAUCUUAUCAUAUUUCAAGAUGCUUUUAGUGCCACUAAAGACUUAGGAUCAACAGCUGAAAAAUAUGAUACACUUGGCAUGUACUUUGUGAUAGGUAACAUGCUUCCUCGCAUCCGGUCUAAACUUAAAUCUAUGAACCUUGUAAUGAUUAUCCCAAAAUUUAAGGAAAUGUUUAAAACCUUUGGAGACAAGUGUUUUAAACAUGUAGUUGAGGAGCUGAAAGAUUUGGAGAUAAAUGGGAUUAAUUAUUAUGGUGAAGUCAUUCCAGUUGUUCUGCAGUUUUUAGUUGGUGACAAUAAGGGCCAGAAUCAAAUUGGAGGUUUUGUCGGGUCUUUUACAGCACUGAGCUAUUGUCGCUUUUGCCCAAUGGGAAGAAAUGAUAUACGAGAGACUCCUUGGGUUGUAGAACCUUUUCGUACUAAAGAAAGCUUUAAUGAAGAUUUAGCGCUUUUCGUACAAGCAAAAGUGGAAGGUCGAGACGACAUUGAACAUGUCCAUGGAGUAAAGACUGACUGUAUUUUCAAUAGUCUGCAAGAGUUUAACAGCAUGGACCCCCGUCUUUGCCCAUGCUUAGCACAUGAUAUUUUUGAAGCUAUGUUAAAUGAAUAUGAUUUCUUUCCCGUCAUAGAAAGUCUUAUUAGCAAGGGAUGGUUUACGCUCAAUGGUCUAAACAAGCUUAUCCAAAAGUUUAAAUAUAGUUCUCACGAUAUCAAGAAUAAACCAGUGAAAGUUAGAGCCACUAAACUUGGUGGCCAUGCAGUCCAAAACUGGACUCUCUUUAGAUUGUUCCCUUUCAUAAUUGGCAAGGACAGAAUAUUGGAUGCUUCAGAUAGUCAUUGGCAGCUUUACCUCUCCCUGAAAGAAAUAUGUGAAUAUGUUUGUGCUCCAUCAGUCACACUCCAGCAGGUUGCCCAUGCCAAAGGACUCAUUUCUGAGUACAUGCAACAGAGGCAAGAGAUUUUGCAAACUCAAGCAAAACCUAAACACCAUUUUGUAAGUCACUAUGCUGAUUUGAUUGUAUUAAUGGGACCAAUUAUGCACCUCUUUACUUUAAGGUUUGAAAGUGCCCACACUUUUUUCAAGAGAGUUGCUCGUACAUGCAAAAAUUUUAUCAACCUUGGCAUCACGAUGAGUGAAAAAGCAGCUUUAUAUUUCUGCUAUCUCUCAACAGGAAGUUAUUUCGAUGAAGGAUUUUCUGUUGAAGGACAGCAGCCUUUAGAUAAAAGUAAAUAUGGCAAGGAAAUGGAAGACUUCCUUCUUAAACAGAACUUAUCUGCUCAUGUUAAAGAAGUUUCAUCUGGUAAAGUUGACUCUGUGGAGUUCAAGAGAGGCUACUGGAUUUUAUUAGGAAAUAAGGAAGAAAAUCAUGAUGUCAUAGUGACUGGUUAUAUUCAGUGUGUAAUUGUAGAAAAGGGUGAAGUGAAAAUAGUUGUCUCCAUCCAUAGAGCUGAAUUGUGGGUUGAAUAUGGCCUUUAUACAAUUGACAUGAGUUCUUCCUACAACUAUAAAUGUAUUUUGGCCAAAGAUUUAGAGUAUCCUGUCAGUCAGUCUGUGUACAAUUUCUAUGGAAAGAAGUGCUUCUCACUAAAACAUUUGCUUACUUCUUCCAUAGAUGAAGCAGACUAAAACCUAGUCAAAGUUUGGCAAAAGCAGGGGAAAAACAUCCUACUUCCUAUGAAAGAAAACAAUUUGACAAUUUGGAAUUUCUAUUCUUUGGUUCCCUCUACAGCUCCUAGGUGUAUUAUUGUCUGUUUUAUUUAGUUGAAUUUUUGUCUCGCUGCCUUAUGAGAACUUCGGCUUUGGCUUUCUCGCAAUGGAGGAAGAUCAGUGCUUCUCCAUCAUCUGGUCUAAAACCUUCUCCACUGCCACGGUUGGGAAAUGAGAGUUCUGUAUGGGCUAUUAUUAUUAUUGACCCUUUCUCUUUUCCUCCUGAUAUCUGCCAUAAAUGAGAAUGCAGGAAUGUCAAACUGCAUCUUCAAUACACUUUAAAAAGUAGGGUGAAAAAGAAAGAAAAACAAAAAGAAGACUUUUGAGUGUCAGUGGAAGUUGCUGUAAUAGCUCUUACAUUCAAUAUUGGACUGCUACUAUAUAUAUCAGGAAAACUGAAGACUGACUCCAUUCAUUUGCCUGCGUAUGACACCCUCCAACUGCAACAUAAAUGUGAUAGUAAGGAACAUGCAGAGAAACUUAUUUCAGAUCGCCAUAAUUUUCAAGGUAGAGUUACACCUAUAUUAUUUUAAUCACUAAUGCAGUGUCCUUGAUAAUAAAUUGUUCAGUAAGUACGUAUUGUUUUUUGUUUUUUUUAAAUUUAGCAUAUAUAAUUCCAUUUCCGAAACAUUUUUUUUUUUUUCAAAUCCUGGAUUGAUGUGACGAAUCAUCCAUCACAUGACAAAUCAAUAUGUGACGACUCAUUUAUUUUACCAGCUCUUACGAAUGGAUUGUCACGUGACAAAGCAUUCUUCUCACCACUUGUGACGAACCCUUUGAGAGUAAAAUUUAGUUGUGACUUUGUCGUAAAGUGACGACUUAAAGUUUAACAGUGCAGUUUUAGUUUUCCUGCACAGAUAGACGAACAUGAUAAAAUGAAGGAACUAAUCA